UGUACAACAAAAGCAGCAGAGGUCCCAUAGGUGAAGACUGACCACCUCCAGAGAACCCAGACAUAGGCAAACCCGAGCAGCCGCCAACAUGAGUCGCAGCCCUGAGAGGAUUUCGUCCUACCGACGCCGCUUUGAGGACAUCAGCAGCUCAUCCUCCUACCAGGUUAGGGUGUCCAGCCCAACCCCAACCCUGAGAGUUAACCGCCACCAGUCAGCCAACUACUCGCGCAAUGCCGGAGCCAGCAGAACGCAGGCCCAGACCAUAGGUAGAAGGACCGUCUCCACCUCACGCAACGCCCACAUGGCUGGCGGGAAUGUGGGAACCAUGGCAUGUGUGGGCUAUGGCAAUGGGGCCCCGGUGGACCUGGACGCAUCUGCUGCCGAGAACAAAGAAUUCCUCAGCACGCGCAGUGGUGAGCGGCAGGAAAUGGUCGUAUUGAACGACAGACUUGCUGUUUACAUUGAGAAGGUUCGGUCCCUGGAGCAGCAGAACAAGCUGUUGGAGAUGGAGAUUGACGGCAUCCAGAACCGGUUCGUGAAGCCGUCGGGCCUGCGCAAACUCUAUGAGGAUCAGCUGAGAGAUCUGAAGAGGAUUGCAGAUCAGAUGAGAAGGCAGCGGGACCAAGCCUUAGCCGGUAAAGAGGCUAUGGCCGGUCAACUGGAGAUAACCAAAGUCAAAUACGAGGAGGCAGUUGAGCUGAGGAGGCGUGCCGAGAUGGAGAUAGAAGCAUUCCGUCCGGAUGUGGACAGAGCCACCUCUCAGCGCAUCGCCCUGGAGAAACAGCUCGAGCAGUUGGAAGUGGAGUUAGAAUUCCUUCAGAGGGUGCACAAAGCGGAAAUUGAAGAGCUACUGAAAAUGAUAUAUGCUGCCCAUUCCUCAGCCCAGAGCGCUUAUGACCUCCCCGACCUCUCAGGCGCACUCAAACAAAUCCAAGCUCAGUAUGACGAAAUUGCGGCAAAUAAUCUACAGGAAAUGGAUUCCUGGUAUAAAAGUAAAUUUGAAGACCUGAACAACAAAACGACAAAACAUGUGGAUAUGGUUCGAAGUGUCAGGGAAGAAGUUGCUGGCGCCAAGAAGGAUAUCCUAAACAAAGAGCGUGGCCUGGAAGCUCUGAAGACCAAGAAUGAGGCUCUGGAGGCACAAAUUCGUGAAGCACAGGAAAAGUACAAGAAAGAGCUGGACGACCUUCAGGCAAGAAUUGAGGCCCUGAAGGAAGAGCUGAAAUCCACCAAGUCGAAAAUCGCUCUGCACCUGCGUGAAUACCAGGACCUUCUGAACAUGAAGAUGGCUCUGGAGAUUGAGAUCACAACUUACAGGAAGCUGAUUGAGGGCGAGGACAUGCGACUCACAACCAUGGUUGGGACCAUGUCCAUAAUGAGUAGCAGCUCGAGCUCCAUGAGCGCUGGGAUGAGUGUGGGCAUGGCUAGAGGCAUCGGACCUGGAGGCAGUGGUGGAGGAAUGGGUGGAGCUGGAGGGAUGGGUGCAGGAGGGGUGGGUGCAGGAGGCAUAGGAGCUGGAGGCAUGGGUGCCGGAAGCAAUGGCCCUGGAGGCAGGGGUGGAGCUGGAAUCAUGGGUGGUGGAGGAAUGGGAGCUGGAGGAAUUGGAGCCAAAGGCGUGGGUGCUGGAGGCCUAGGAGCUGGAAGCACAGGUGCUGGAGGAAUGGGUGGAGGCAUGGAUGGUGGAGGAAUUGGUGCUAUAGGCAAUGGUGCUAUAGACAUGGGUGCUGGAGCCAUGGGUCCUGGAGGCAAUGUUGGAGGCAUGGGCGGAGGCAUGGGAAAAGGUGCAGGUGAAUAUGGGUACGGCGCCUCCAUGGACUACUCCCACGAGGAGCAGGCGGUGGAGAUGACUGAGAGGAGGACGGUGCUCAUCAGAACAGUUAAAUCAGAGAAUGAGACACUGGAAAGCGACACAACGGAGCAAACCUACAUAAUCUCUGGCGCUGCCGAUGACUCGGACGAGGAAUAGGCAUGAAUGACCAUGUGACCUCCUCUCACCCCUUAACCCCUCACGCCCCUGGAGCUUUGCACUGACGGCUCAUGUCUGGUCUCUGACCUUUGACCAAGACAUGAGACCAUGAAUGACCCUGCCACCUAGUCAAGUAGUACCCUUUUUGCUCUAGUGAUGUGCCUUUGAACCACAUAUUCAGAACCUCUGUGUGCAUUACACAGCUACUCAACAAGCAGCAAAUAAAGCUCUCAGCAAUCAA